AUGUUCGAAUACCUUCCAUUUCCUGGAAAAUACCACGAUGAUGUGCAGCGGGAAGCUGUCCUAUUUCUGCGAAGGAGUCCGUACGAUGAGGGCAUCUUCAAGCAACUCCUUGACGGAGAAAUUGAUGAGCACCUUGCCAAGCAUAUUGCCCAUAUGUUCAUCCGAGAUCCGCUACAGGUAUUCCGUGAGCGCAUCGAGCAGGAUGACACGAAGAGUUCCGAGCACUUCGAGACGAUCCAGAGCAGCAACUGGAUGAAUAUGCGCUUCAAGGUCCAACUCACCGACUUUGAAAAUGCGGCUUAUUGCUGCUUCGUCGUGCUGCUGACUCGGGUAAUCCUCUCGUAUCGCUCGACCUAUCUGCUGCCAAUUUCGAUGGUCAAUGAGAAUAUGAAGCGCGCUCAGAAGCGGGACGCUGUUUUGGAGCAGAAAUUCUUCUUUAGAAAGGGAGUAGCCACUUGCCGUCACCCCCCAGAUGAGGCCGGAGGAGGCGAUUCGGCCGCCUGCACGGUCGGCAAUGCAAAGAGCGAGGAUAUUGAAGAAAUGACGAUCAACGAGAUUGUCAACGGGCGUGAAAAAGAGUGGCCCGGCCUGGUGCCCAUGUUGAAGCAGUUCCUCGACUCGGCCGAUGUUGAUGUUGACACGCGGUGCACUAUUUCGCAAUAUCUGAACUUCAUCUCGCAACGCGCCUCUGGGCAAAUCCCCACACUGGCCAACUGGACUCGCGAAUUCGUCCAGAACCACACUGCCUACAAAAAGGACAGCCGCGUGCCCGAUGAGACGAUCUACGAUUUGCUGUCCUUGAUGUCGGACAUCUCCUCAGGCCAAAAGCAUUGCCCUCGGCUGCUCGGCUCCUUCCGCUCAAAAACCGACCAACUGAUCCCAUCGGCCGCUCCAGACUUUUUGAUGGGCCAAAAAGUGGGAAAACAAUUGAAUUACACGCAUAAAGGGAUGUUCGAAUACCUUCCAUUUCCUGGAAAAUACCACGAUGAUGUGCAGCGGGAAGCUGUCCUAUUUCUGCGAAGGAGUCCGGUUAGUAAGACGGCGAUGAAAUGGCUGCUACUUUGUGCAUUGACAAAGGAAUGCAUUGCACCGCCGGGGUCCACCGUUGUUUGUAUGAAAAAGGGGGUUUCUGGAUGUCAUCGG